AUGAAGCAAGCUCUAUCCAAGGCUCAGUCCAAGUUUUCUGCUAUUGAAGCAAACAAGCUCUACAAGAAAAAUUUUUGGUCUUUCUCUAAGUCAUUGUUAGAGGAUGAAAUGUCGAAUGUUGCUCCUAACUUUUCUGCUGAAGAAGAAUAUCAAUUUUUCUCAUCAACUUAUUCCAAACCAUCAAAUGUUUCAACUAAUCCAUUUCCAUCAGAUUUUUGUAAACCAAACUGUCCAGAGAAAUCAUUUGACAUUCGUCUGAUAUCAUAUGAAGAAGUGUACAAGAAAAUCAGAUCAACUAGGAACCACUCUGCUCCUAGUCCACUUGAUGGGAUUCCCUACAUUGUUCUUAAGAAAUGUCAAUCUCUAAUUCCAGCUCUCUUGAACCUUUUUAACAAUUGCUGGCUGUCCUGCACAGUUCCACGGCAGUGGAAAGUUGGAGUUAUACGUCUCAUCCCUAAAUCUAGUGCAACAGAAAGUCCAUCAGAUCCAAUUAACUUUAGACCUAUUGCACUGACUCCAUGUAUUAGAAUACAAGUAUCCAUUAAGCUAUUCUGUAACAGGAAGUCACACCAACGAUCUUUUAAGAUUGCAAAAUGGUGUAAACUUCGUCGCUCGGCCUGUACUGCCAUCUUCUACCUCUUCCCACAAAAUGCUGGUCUUGGCUUACCCCGUUUGUCUACGUCUUCCAUCUCCCUCCAGUCUUCAAAAUCUGCCCGUCUCUUAUCCUCACAUGACAACUGUGUCCGCUCUUUGGCCACCAGUCAAGCAUAUAAUAAAUCGUAUAGCAACAGAUUCUCUGCUUUUAGAGAAGCAGCAAAGUCACUAUCUGAAACACCAGGUGCUUCUGCAGCAAAAUUGAGUGACAUCACCAAAUCAAGACUAAAGGAGGAACACCAAAAACAACUUCUUGCAAGAACUAAGAAUCUACAUGUCCAGGGAUCCAUCUUCCGUCUAGAGAACUGUUCGUCUGACGUCUGGGCAAAUGUUGUCUCUUGUCUUCCCGGUCAUCAACUCUCUUUUGUCCUCAAUGCCGUUUCUGAUACCCUCCCUUCAAAUGCUAAUCUUGUCCUAUGGAGUAAACGUUCUUGUGAUAAAUGUCCUCUAUGUCAUCAACGUCAAACCCUUCUUCACGUUCUCAAUAAUUGCUCAGUCCUCUUACAAUGUCGUCAUUACAAUCAACGUCACGACUCUGUUCUCAGUCUUCUCUAUAAUGCGGCUAUUAACCAUCUACCACAUCAAUUCAACAUCUUUGCCGAUUUAAAAGACUGUGAAGUAAAGUUUCCAUCUGACAUCAUUCCUACUGCACAAAGGCCUGACAUGUUGAUUUGGAAUAAUCAUACGCUCAAAUUUUAUGUCAUAGAACUAACAAUCCCUUUCGAAACAAACUUUUUUGAUGCAAAUAAAAGAAAAUCAGAACGGUAUACAGACUUCAUGAUGACCAUCAAAUCAAAAGGCUUCACCUGUAAGCAACUAAAUAUUCAAAUAGGAUCUAGAGGCUUUAUUGAUACUCCAAGUCUUCUCCCCUUCCUUGAUGUCAUCUCUAUUCCUCCUCACAAUCAACGUCAACUAUUAUCAUCAAUCGUAAAGGUGACAAUUAAAGAAUCUCUUAAAAUAUGGUUAGCCAGAAACAAUAUCUAGUUCUGUUUAUCCUAGUUUAGUUAUUUUAGUUGUACAUUACUUGUUAGAGCUUUUACUAUUACUUUACUGGCGCCACAUUAUUGUUAAGUGUGAUGGCCAUGUAUUAGUGAGGUGCUCCUCGUUUAUCUAAUAAAUGAGUUCAUUGUGUAUUGUGAGAUGCAUCCCUCCAAUACAAUAGUCUAGUGUAUUGUGAGAUGCAUCCCUCCAAU